GAGAUCUGUUCUGUAAAGCUCUGAAAACCUACAAUAUGCUUUGCUUUGGAAUAUACCGAUUGAGAGAUUUCCAUCAAAAUAGCACUAGCCAAUGCACCAAGCGUUUUGUUAUAGCCAACCCACCUUACGAAUUCGAACUUGUGCCGACGGAUUUGAUCUUCUGUCUGAUGCAGUUCGACCACAAUGCUGGCCAGUCCCGGGCCAGCCUCUCCCACUCGUCCCAUUCUUCCUACGCUUCCAGCAAGAAGAGCGCGUCGAUCCACUCCAUCCCCUCCACCACAAACCGACAGAACCGUGCAAAGACCAGGGAAUCUCGGGAAAAGCAGAAGUACGUGCAGGAAGAUAGACUUUGAUACAUGUACCCACCUCCCACCGUGUGUGCAGCUGUAUCCACCACCCGUACCCUCCCGAUUGGUGUGUCCAACAGUAGUUCUCCCCGUUCUCCCCUCCACCCGCCCCGCCUUCCACCCCCAUGGAACUCCCAUUUUUAUACACAUAUUUUGCAUAUGUAUAACAGUGUGCAUGUGAUUGUCAUUUUUAUUUCAAUACCAUAAAACCCUUAAAAACAACAGCAACAAAGCAGACGGACCAAAAAAAAAAGUUAUUUAUGGUGCAGAACAGGUGGGGAACAGCUAAGAGCAGAUGUGACUCAACACUGCCGUAACGAACUACCUUGUAUAUCAGUGGUCAGAGAAUGUGCAGCAUGAAUAUUAUCAGUUUGUGGUGGUGUCAGUUUAGAGGAAGACAGUUAUGGAGCACAAGGGUGUUGUUGUUAAAGGGAUGCAAACGUUAACAUUUGCACAGAUAAAGUUCAGGGUCCCACUCCCCAUGGGCCAGCUUUCUAAGCAUCAGGGAGGCUUUUCACACCUGGGUCAAAAACAACACAAAUCUUG